CGUAGCCUUGGUGCUACCUUGCCAUGCCAGUGCGAGUAUGCAGCAGUUACCCCCACGUCCGCGUUGUGUUAUGAAUGUUACUUUCACAACCCCACGCAUCUCACAAACAUCGACUGCUGCUAUACUGCGGUAUCCUCGGACGUCGACAAGAAGCGUGUAUGACUGUGGCUGCAUCACAACCCCCGCAGUGCCUGCUGCAUUCCGUGCUAUUGGAACAUGGUAGUACAAUCGACUUGACGCUAGCAACUAUACAUCAAGGCACUUUCCAACACCACGGCAGUUCGUCUGCA